UUUUUCCAGUUGGAAGGAAAUUUUUUUCCUGUUGGAAGGAAAUUUUUUUCCAGUUGUCGGGAAAUUUUUUUCCUGUCGGAUGGAAGGACUCGGAAUGCCAGAAGGAUUUGA